ACCCUAUAUCGUAGUUUGAAGAAUCAUUAUUGUGAAAAAAAAUUAAUUCUUAAUUAAAUAACUAGUUAAAAACGAGUUUUAAAGAUAAAAUGAAUCGAAGACGUCCUUAUCAAGAUGAUGACGAAUAUGAACGAAGACCAAAAAGACGCCGAGUUUCAGAUAAUCAGGAAAUUGAGGAUCGUCUUGAAAGUUUGAUUCUAAGAGUUGGUGAGAAGACAACAUCAAGUUUAGAAUCGAAUUUGGAAGGAUUAGUUGCUGUUUUAGAAGCUGAUUUAGGGACAUUUAGAAACAAGAUCCUUCGAAUUCUAUCUGAUUGUGCUGUAAAACUUCCAGAAAAAUGCACAAUCUAUUCUACAUUAGUGGGCUUACUAAAUGCCAAGAACUACAACUUUGGAGGUGAAUUCGUCGAUCAUAUGGUGAAAAAUUUUAAGGAUAGCCUCAAAAACUGCAAAUGGGAUGCAGCUAGAUAUUCUCUUCGGUUCCUGUCUGAUCUUGUUAAUUGCAAUGUAAUUUCUGCAACGUCAUUAUUGCAAUUAUUAGAAUCGAUGGUUGAUGCAAGUACUGAUGAUACAGUUCCACAAGUUCGUCGUGAUUGGUAUGUAUUCUCAGUUCUAUCAACUUUGCCUUGGGUUGGACGUGAUCUUUAUGAAAAGAAGGAAUCAGCACUUGAAAAUUUACUUGUUCGUAUCGAAAUAUUCUUAAAUAAGCGAACUAAGAAGCAUCAUAAUGCAUUAAGAGUUUGGUCAGUUGAUACUCCACAUCCACAAGAAGAAUAUUUGGAUUGUUUAUGGGCACAAAUAAGAAAACUUCGUAAUGAAUCUUGGGCUGAAAAGUACAUUCCAAGACCAUACUUGGCGUUUGAUUCUAUUUUGUGUGAAGCCUUACAGCACUCAUUGCCACAAAUAAUUCCACCACCACAUCAUGAAAGCUACGUAUAUCCAAUGCCAUGGGUCGUUUAUCGUAUGUUUGAUUAUACUGACUGUCCAGACGGUCCAAUUUUGCCUGGUGCACAUUCAAUUGAACGAUUCUUAAUUGAAGAACAUUUGCAUUCAAUCAUUGAGACUCAUAAUCUUGAAAGGAAGGACUGUGCAAGUCAUUUAUUGAGCUUUCCUUAUAAGAGUAAAAUUCCAUUGGAAUAUUGCAUUGUCGAAGUCAUUUUCAGUGAAUUAUUUCACAUGCCGUCACCAAGAUAUCUCGAAAUUUGUUAUGGAUCAAUUUUAAUUGAAUUGUGCAAGUUACAGCCAUCGACAAUGCCUCAAGUUUUGGCUCAAGCAACUGAAAUCUUGUUUAUGAGAAUUGAUUCUAUGAAUACAUCAUGCUUUGAUCGUUUUGUUAAUUGGUUCUCAUACCAUUUGAGUAACUUCCAGUUCCGAUGGUCAUGGGAUGAUUGGGAUAGCUGCUUAUUUUUGGAACCAGAACAUCCAAGACCAAAAUUCAUUCAAGAAGUUUUGCUGAAAUGUUUAAGAUUGUCUUAUUAUCAACGUGUUAAGGACAUGAUGCCUGAAGCUUAUGAAAAGUUACUUCCACCAAUUACACAGCCUGAUUAUAAAUAUACGUCUGAAAAUGCUGCAUCAUUAUUAGGCACAGCUACAGCUCACAAAUUGGUCGUUGCUAUUCGUCAAAAGUGCACACCGGAAGAAAUUUUGAAUGAAUUGAAAGAUUUGCCAAAUCCACGCGACACAGAAAAUGACAUGAUUGAGACGACAUUCAAUCCAUUGAAAAUUGAUGUAUUUACACAGACAUUAUUGAAUUUGGGCUCAAAGAGUUUCUCACACACAUUUGCUGCUAUUUCUAAAUUUCAUUAUGUCUUCAAACAACUUGCUGAUUCGGAAGAAGCUCAAAUUUGCUUAUUAAACAAUGUCUUUGAAUUGUGGCAUGAUCAUCAACAAAUGAUGGUAGUUAUUGUCGAUAAACUGUUAAAGACACAAAUUGUCGAGUGCUCAUCCGUUGCAACUUGGGUAUUUUCAAAGGAAAUGUCUGUUGAAUUCACUAAAAUGUAUUUGUGGGAAAUUCUUCAUUUAACGAUCAAGAAAAUGAACAAGCACGUCAUGAAAUUGAGUGCUGAAUUGAAUGAAGCAAAAGAUAAGCUGUCUAGAGAUGUUGAAUCUUCAUCAAGCGAUGACUCUGACACUGAAACAUCCACUAAAAAGAAGAAGGAUGAAAAUGUUGAAAGACCCACUGAAGAGGCCGUUGAAAAGAUGGAAGAAAAAUUGGAAGCAGCAUACGGUGAUCAAAAGAGGAUUUUCCUCAUCAUCUUCCAGCGCUUCAUUAUGAUUUUGUCAGAACAUUUAGUCAAAUGUGACACUGACGGCAGAGAUUUUAACACUGAUUGGUACCGUUGGACUAUUGGACGUCUUCAACAAGUUUUCCUUCUCCACCACGAGCAAGUCCAAAAAUAUUCAACAACAUUGGAAAGUCUGCUGUUCACACAAGUCGAUUCUCAUAUUUUAGACGUAUUCUCGCAGUUUGUUGCACUUACAAAGUAAACUUCUAGGCACUAUUAUAAUCAAAUUAAAUAACAAUAAUAACAAUACAAUAUAUUAAAUAAUGGAAGUGAACUGUAAUAAUUAGAAGAGCUGUAAUCGAAGAUUAAUAAAAACUUAUUUUGGGUCAAUCACAAAGUAA